AUGGCGCCGUCGGCUUCCGACGUCUUGCGCCUCGACGGCAACGGGAACCCGAGGACGCUUCGCCUCUUGGCGUCGCUCGUGGAGGCCGAGUCCCGCCGCUUCGCCGCCGCCGCCUCCGAGCCCGCGGAGAACGACCUCGUCCGGGCGUUCCGCGGCGGCGCGACCCCGGCCGUCCCCAUCGCCGAGUUCCUGGAGCGCCUCCAGCGCUGCAACUACUUGUUUGAUGGCGCCGUCUACGUCCUCGCGGCGGCGUACCUCGCGCUCUUCAUGCGCAGCCCCGCCGCGCUCGAGGCCGGGAUCGUCGUCGAGCCGGCCACCGCGCACCGCCUGGUUUCCGUGGCGGUCCUGCUCGGUGCCAAGUUCAGCAGCCCGAGGUACUUCGAGAGGCGGGUGGAGUCGUUCCAGAUAUGCUCGGGCGAGUCCAUCCGGUCCACCGAGCUGUGCCCGCUCGAGUUGCUGUUCCUACGCGCCCUCGACUACCGCGUCUUCAUCGCCGACGAAGAAUUCCGGCGCUUCUUCAGGAUCCUGGAACGCCGUCCAGCUCCAGCGCGCAGCAUGGCUUGUGCAGCGAAGAAGAGGAAGGCCGAGGAGGAGGUGGAACCACGCCGCGUGCGAGCUUGCCAGCUAGCCGCCCGCUACGGCAUCUCAGGAUUCAACCAGAGCUAA